AUGGCAAGAACAAAUGUUGUUGCACUAUUGUCAUCAAGUGAUGUUCUUAGUUGUAGCAACACACAAAAUGGGCCGUCGAUAGAGAAAGUAAACCCUGCAGGUGAUAGUGGUACUUCAGGAAGGUUUGAGUCUGCAAGUCAGGCAUCAGCACCAAGCACUUUGAAUGCAAUUUUGAUUGAACACUCUGAAGCAUUAUUAAUUGGGUAUUCAGCAGAGAACUUCAAGAAAUCGGAAGGGUUGACUUCUGGGCCAGGGAAGAAAGGCUGCAAGAGGCGUGGCUGGAAUCGUGGUACUUCAGGAAGGUUUGUGUCUGCAAGUUGGGCUUCAAGCACUUUGAGUGCAAUUUCGAUUGAACAGUGCAAGACAUUAUUAAAAAAAUUGAUGCAACAUCAGUAUGGUUGGGUUUUUAACACUCCCGUUGAUGUAGUAAAGUCGAACAUUCCUGAUUAUUUGACUGUUAUAAAGCAUCCAAUGGAUUUGGGGACAAUAAAGAGCAAGAUUGCUUCAAGUGAGUACUCAAGUGCGUUGGAAUUUGUGGCUGAUGUCAGACUAACUUUCUCUAAGGCUAUGACCUACAAUCCACCAGGAAAUGAUUUCCACAUCAUUGCUGAUACUUUGAGUAAAUUUUUUGAAGCAAGAUGGAAAGUUAUUGCGAAUAAACUUCCGAAGGAUUCCCAGCCAUUACCAGAAAAAUCAGACGUACAUGAAGAAAAUGGGACUAUUAAGCCAAUGCCUCCAUCAAAAAAAAGAAAACUUACUUCACCGCAACAUAAAGCUAUGCCUGGCCAUCAUCAAAAGAACACCCAGUAUAAUGCAUAUCUGAAAAUUGAUGAAGCCAAAUCAAAAUUAAUUUAG